AUGGAGACGAUGUUGUCAACAACUAUGUUUUUCGUUCUGUUGUUUUUUUGGCACGAACUACGCGUCUCCUAAAGAGGCAGUUUGGAAUUUUAACAUUAGUACGGAAAAUCAUCUUUUUCGUGCACAAAGAAGCAGGCCUAUAAACAAAGGAAGUCAGUUGGCACUAACAAUAUUUUGCAAUGACGUUUUGAACACAACAUUUAAUGUGAGGUGGUUAUUUUGGCAUUCUUCGUGUUCAGAUAUAUAUCUAGCUAGUUAUUUGAUGAGAGAAUAUGUGACUGUUUCAGCCACAUACUAUUGUAAUAAACAGAAAAUAAAGAUUCAAAAUGUUGUCUAUACUACCGACAUUACUAAAGCAAAUGUCUAUUUCAAUGAUUUUUUUACAAAGAGGACCUCAGAACAACAAGAAAAAACAGUUGCAGAAGAAUUUAAUUCUACCCAAAUAGUGUCCUUCCACAAUAAGAACGAUCUUGAGGCGCGACAUUUGCUUCAGACAUGGGCUGAUGGUUAUUAUUUUUUUGACUUUGAACUUGUUAGCCCUUAUCCUUCUCUUGAUUUCGCUCUUAAAGGAAAUCUGAGAAUAACUAAGAAUGGUAACAAUAGCGGUUACCUCCCAAGUUUGGAUUUUCCACUUUUAUUUUUCUUUUGCAUGAUGGUUUUUGUAUAUAUUGGAUUUGGCAUGACAUGGAUUAUUUUACUAGCUUGUAGCUGGCGAAAUGUGCAUAGGAUACAUUUAUGGAUCGGUGGCAUCAUCCUUUUAGGUAUUCUGGAAAAUACGAUUUUCCUUUGUGUGUACGAGAACAUCAACAACACUGGUCAAUCGUUGUGGGGAGCGAUCUAUUUUGCUGAAAUUUUUUCAUGUUUAAAGCGGUCACUAGCCAGAAUGCUAGUGCUGAUGGUCAGUCUUGGGUAUGGCAUUGUCAAGCCAAGUCUCGGUCAAACAUUUUAUAAAGUGUUGAUUGUGGGUGCUGUGUUUUUUAUUCUAGCCUUAUGUCAAGUAUGCAUACAAGCAAACCUGGAUGAAACGCUGGAAUGUAAAUUUAAAUUUAUACCAACCAUUCCCUUACUAGUUAUUGAUGGCAUCAGUAUUCACUGGAUUUUUAACUACCUGAGACGAACUAUGUGGAUUUUGCAAAAUAGAAAAGAAGUUGUUAAACUUACACUAUGCAGACGCUUCAGACAUUCUCUGAUAUUUUCUGUACUAGUCACUGCCAUUCUUAUAAUGCGGCUUUUGGUUAAUCACAGAAUAUGUGAAUGUAUUUCUGAUUGGAAAGAACUGUGGAUGGAUGAAGCAUCCUGGCACAUAUUAUUUUCUCUGUUACUGUUUAUCAACUUGGUAUUAUGGCAUCCUACUUCAAAUAACCUUAGGUAUGCCUUCACACCUGUGUUGGAUUCUACAGAUGACGCAUGCGUCACGCAAAGAGCAUCAUUAAACUAUGACCAAACCAGCCCUCAGUUCAUGGACCAUGGAACACCUACCAGAACUCGUGGGUAUCGGAGAAUAAAUAAGCCUGCUGGGUACAUAAACCAAGAUCUUUCUGCCUGGCAAACUUGGACGGAUCCACAAAAGUCCCGUAGUCUUUCAAAACAUACAAUUAAACAAUAGAUGAACUUUUGUUGGCCACAAUAGAUGUGAGACUACAUAACCAAAAGCAGAGUAUGAAUAUAAACAAACAGUACAAUAUACGUCACAUCGAGAUAUUGAACAGCUUUUAGGGAAUACAAUGUAUAUUAAUUAACCGAAAUAAACAUGAUGAAGUUUAUAAAUUAAAAGAAAACCUGCUGUUUUGUUGAUGUAAAGUAUUUUAAAUGUUUAUGCUAAACAAUUGAUACAUUUGAGAAUUGAUAAAUGUUCUUAGUUACAUUUCUUUUCUUUAUAAUUCUUUAUAUAUUUAUUAUAUAUUUACAGAAAAUAAUUUAUUUUCUCCUUUUUAGUGCAUUAUUACAUAAAAGCAUGAUAUUAAAACGUUUUUUAUGCAUUUGAAAAAUCUGGAUAAAACUAAAUCCUAUCAUCAGCUGCC